AUGUAUGAUAUGCCAUUUGCACCCUUCAUUGGGAUAAACAGGCAUGGUCAAUCAUUCCAGCUAGGGUGUGCAUUCCUAAGAGAUGAAAAAACACCAAGCUUUGUCUGGCUUUUACAAACAUUCUUGGAAGCAAUGAAAGAGAAAGCUCCGUUGAAUAUUAUUACUGAUCAAGAUGGUGCUAUGAGAAGUGCAAUUGAACAUGUGUUCCCACUUGCAAAUCAUAGGAACUGUCGAUGGCAUAUAAUGAAUAAAGCAAUAGGUACUGUAGGUCCGUUACUUAAGGAAGAUAAAGAGUUGGAGGACGAAUUCAAGGACUGUAUAAACUACAGUGUCAUGCCGGAAGAGUUUGAGGCAAAGUGGCAAUCUAUGAUUCAAAAGUAUGGCUUGCAGGACAACAAGCAUUUUGGGCAUUUGUAUAGCAUCCGACAGAGUUUUGUGCCAACGUACUAUAUGCACUGCUUUUUCCCGUUCCUCCAAUCCACGCAAAGAAGUGAAGGUUUUAACGCAGUGUUGAAGUUGUAUGUCAGCCCAAACUUAUCAAUACUGGACUUUGUCAAGCAAUACCAGAAGAUUCAAGAUAAGUGUCUUGUUGCUCAAGAUGGGCAGGACUUCAGAACCAAUGAUAAGACUCGAAACACAUGGUCGAAGAACCCUAUUGAGAAGCAUGCCCCAACUGUGUACAUGAAGAACAUAUUCUACAGAUUCUCAAAAGAAUUUGAAAAGAUCAAAGAGUAUUUUGUGCAGCGUAUAGGUGACUACCAGUUCAGGCUUGUGCCAAAUGACAAGUUUGUUGAUGGCUAUGGCAUUAGGUCAUAUGAUGUGACAACAAUUGAAGAAGAAGAAAGCUACUAUUGCGAGUGCAGCAAGUUUGAUAGAGAUGGCAUAAUUUGCUGUCACAUUAUCAAGGUUAUGAGUAGAUUUGGUGUCAAGAAGCUGCCUGAUCGAUACAUAAUGGAAAGGUGGAAGCAACAGGAAAUGACUGUUGGCACAAAUGCUAAUGCAAAUCUUCAAGCUGAUGUUGGGACUAGUAGUAUGCCUUUGCAGAACCAAAAGACAAUAAGAUUCAACAAUCUUGCCUCCACACUCACAAAGUUUGCUCGCGAGGGAUCAAACUCAGAAGAUGUUUAUGAAAUUGUUACAAACACAUUGGAAUGA